CUCUCUCUCUCUCUCUCUCUCUCUCUCGGCCCGCCAUCAUCUCCUUCAUGAGAGGCUAAAUCAUUGCAGAAGCCUAUGUUUCAGGCCCAAUUCUGCAACUCCUCUGAAGAUCUAGGGUACCCUGUAAUGAUCCUUGCUUGGUGAAUCUAUGUGUAAUUCGCAGGCCUGGAUUUACCUUGGGGUUUCUCGUUCUUGGAUGUAUCUGGGGGUUUCCUGGUUCGAGGGCAAGGAUAAAUGCCCGCCUCCAAAGAAUUAGGGUUUUCUGGUUUGCUCUUGCUGGUUGUUCUGGUUAGCUUCGUGAUCCGCCAAAAAUGGCGGACUUCUGUUGCAAGGAAAGAGGAGAUUAGGAAGCUCGUUGUUCUUGCUGCUGAGGAAGCUGCUCGUGCUGAGCUUGAAGCAUCCGUUGAGUACAAUUCAGUUGUUUCAGUUUGUCGACAGAGGUGCGCCGUGUGUUUCUCUCCCACUACAACUAGGUGCUCGAGGUGCAAGGCCGUGAAAUACUGCUCUGGUAAGUGUCAGAUUAUCCACUGGCGACAAGGUCAUAAAGAGGGGUGCCACCCUCCGAAUCCAGAAACUGAUUGUAGUUCCUUUAGUCGAAGUUCCUCGCGUUCUGGUUCAGAAGCUAAGUCAGAAAAUUCAUUUUCUUUUAAUAAAUGCACAGACUCUGAAGAAGAUCAUCACUUCAAAGCUUCCAUAAUUUCGUCGGAACCACGUGAUUCCUUUGAAGCAAGCUUCUCUCCUGUUUCCACAAGUGAAAAUGAGACGAUUGCAGCCAAGCCUGAUGAACGCACCCAUGAAACUUCAGGCCCUAUUACCGAAAUCCCUAAUUUUAGCACGUCUAGUGACCAUUCCAUGCAUGAUUUCAUGGGUCCUGUGCCUGAUAUUGCUUGUGAGACCACUGUAUUGAACAAUUUGGUUGGAACAAGUGGGCUUUCAUAUGAUGAGUCUCCCUCGAACCCAACUGUCAAAACCCAUAAAGUCGAUACAAUCAGCAAUACUGAAUCACCACCAUUUGAGUUUAAGUUAUUAAACAAUUCUCCAUCAUUUAGGUUGAAACAUAAGGAGAAGGCACCCAAUUCGGGUGUUUCUUCCCAUGGGGAAGAUGGCGUUUGUGAGAAUGGUGAUAUUUCUGAUGCUACAGAAGCUACAACUGAGUGUAAGCAGUCUAGUCCUGAUCCAGUUGAGGCUCCACAAACAUCGGAUCGUGAACAAUGUGGCUUUUCUGGUUCAGAAAAUGGAAAUAGUGUUCGUUUUGAUUCUGUUUCUCUGCAGUCACCCCAUUCUAGUUCAUCAAGUGAAGGUGAUUCUUCUGUGUUUAUACGCUCUAGUUCUAGCAGAAAGGCUCCUGACCGUAAUGAUGGCCAUGAACAAGGAAGGCCCAUGAGUAAUAUGGUUCCCAAUAUGUCUCAGUCAACAAGAAUGUCAAAUUUUACCCAUUUGAGAUCCAAGUCUGUGGACUCUGUAAAGGUUUUUUCUUUGCCAAAGGAGUCAAAUGAUGAGGGGCGAGUGCCAAAGUUUAGAUGGCAAAGAUUCACUUCAUCUGGUCACUCAUCUUAUGGUGAUGGAAGAGGUAGUGCUUCAUCCAAGGCCAAUUACACUGAAGUGUUAUCCACUGGUUCAAGCCAAGCAGCAUCACCAGUAUCUAAUGGUAUUAGUGGUGGUUUGAGGACAUCUGUAAGGAAGGUUGUUCAACAGUUUAGAGUCUCAAAGCUUUCGAAACACAAUCCUAUGUUUCUUGCAAAUGAGGUGGCAAGGAAACCCAGCAAGAUGUUGUUUCCAUAUGAUAUGUUUGCCAAACUUUACAACUGGGAGAGAGUGGAGCUAUGGCCAUGUGGCCUUACAAACUGUGGCAACAGCUGUUAUGCCAAUGCUGUGCUCCAGUGCCUGACAUUUACUCGGCCUCUCACUGCUUAUCUUCUUCAGGGACUCCACUCCAGAACAUGCCAAAAGAAAGACUGGUGUUUUACAUGUGAGUUUGAAGGUCUUGUUCUGAGUGCAAGAGAAGGAAAGAGCUCCGUAUCUCCCAUCAAGAUACUGUCUCAAAUACAAAACAUUGGAAGCAAUCUUGGCUAUGGGAGAGAAGAAGAUGCUCAUGAGUUCUUAAGGUAUGCAAUUGACAAAAUGCAGUCUGUGUGUCUUGAAGAAGCUGGGAAGAAUGCCAUGGGCCCAUUGAUGGAGGAAACAACUCUAAUACAGCUAACAUUUGGGGGUUACCUUCAUUCCGAUAUCAAAUGCUUGAGGUGCCAAGCAAAAUCUGAGCGGCAUGAGCGGAUGAUGGAUCUUACUGUAGAGAUACAGGGUGACAUUGGGACACUUGAAGAAGCACUUACCCAAUUUACUACUCCGGAAAUCUUGGAGGGAGACAACAAAUAUAAAUGUGACAGAUGCAAGUCUUAUGCUAAAGCCAGGAAGAGAUUGACGGUAUAUGAAGCCCCCAACAUUCUAACCAUUGUAUUAAAGAGAUUUCAGUCUGGAAAAUUUGGGAAACUGAACAAGUCAGUCAGGUUUCCGGAGACACUGGAUUUGAGUCCUUAUAUGACUGGGGAGAGUGAUAAAUCUCCUUUGUACAAGCUCUAUGCCGUUGUUGUUCAUUUGGACAUCAUGAAUGCUUCUUUUUCUGGUCAUUAUGUAUGUUAUGUGAGAAGUCUUCAGGGGAAGUGGUACAAGAUUGAUGAUAGCAAGGUGAAACCUGUUGACCUAGACAGGGUCUUAUCCAAAGGGGCCUACAUGCUCCUCUAUUCAAGGUUCUCACCACGCUUGCCUAGCUUGAUUGACUGCUCUAAGAGCAAGAAGAGCAGUGUGAGCCCAACAGAACCUGUCGGAACCAACCGGCGAACAAAGAUCCCGAGCCCCAUGGUUCCAAAACCAAACCCCUCACGAGUGUUUGCUGUGCCUGAGGAGCGCACCCACUGGGUGCACCCUUAUUAUGCUACCAACACGGAGAUGAUCGACCUGUUUGAUGAGGAGCUCCUUCCUAGGAGGAUGGUGGGUACCCCAAGAAUGGAUUUCUCAAGUGACAGCUCAUCCCUCUUCAGUGGAUGCUCUGACGAGACCUCUUGGAGCACCGAGAGCACCCGUGACUCCACAAGCACUGAUGAUCUUUCUGAGUACAUAUUUGGUGACUCCUCUGGCCACCAUCCCCAUUGGAAUCGACAUGAUGACUCUUCUGAUGCCUCAUCCCCUUCCCCCACCACUCGUUUUCACCCAAAAUCUUCUUCAAAUUUAGCCCCAAGAAAUGGGUCUUCACCCGAGAGAGGAACACCUUCUCUUUCUUUCAGUUUCUCAAACCAGAUGACCAUGGAUGGUAAGGGAAAUUCCUCUCCCUUUUUGUAUUCUGACCCAACAAAUACUUCUAAUACUAACCAUUAUAGGAAGUGGAUAGCAGAUAGUAGCAAGAAUGAGAUUGACCAAGAAGGGUUGUACACUCAGAAUUUUGAUGAUGCAUUAUUGAGUAGGGAAAGAACAACUCAAGGUUAUAAUUAUUGAAAGCUGUGAGUUAUAUAUAAAGGAAAUAAGAAUGUAUCAAAUCUCUUUUGCUA